GAGCUCAGCGCUGCGCUGAAAAAGCCGUAGAAGAAGAGCGGGAGAGCCACGUGGGUUUGUUUUGGUAUCUUCAGGCUCUCGUGCAGCAGCAGUACAGCAGCGCAUCUUCUUCUUUUAUCAUGUCUUCUUCAGCAGCAAGAUCUUCUUCUUCCUCCGCGUGUCUCCUGAGCGCGGUGAUCUCUCAGUGUCCGGACAGACUGGACCGGGUUCUGGACUCGCUCUGCUGGACCGGCUCCACGUGGCCGCAGGUGGAGAGGGUUGAGUCCCUCACGGCCGCGCUGGGACAGGUAAUAAACCCACCUGUGGGCUUUGAUCAGCUGAUGCCCCGGGAGCUUCUGAUCAGCAGAACCCAGGCUGUGAUAUGGGAGCAGUGUGUUCCGGUUCUGAGGAGGAUUUCCACUGGAAACGCCCACUUUCAGGAGGAGGGACCAGAACCAGAUCCAGAACCAGGAGCUGGAGCUGGAGGCAGCCUAGAUAGCAGAGGGAAGGAGCUUCUCCAUGCUGUGUGUGGACUCCUUGCCGUUUGCUUAAGUGUCCAAACUUCUGACUGUCUUCUGGAGAAAGUCGCAAGCCUCGCUUUACCUGCUUUCACCACACCUGACCACCACGACCACCUGGACAUUGAUACCUCCAUAGAGGUGCUGGCUGUCCUGCUGUCAGUCAUCACUACCUCACACAGCUGCUCCGCCCCCUUAGCUUUGAGAAUACUGUCUUCUACUCUCAGUGGUGUUAAAGAUCUGGCAGAAGCUCAGGCCUCCAGAAUUAUCGUACAGCUCUGGUUCACGGCCCUGAAGUCCGGCUCGUCCACCGUGCUGCUCCAGAAGCUCUGGACGGAUCUGCUGGGCUGGUUUCAGCAUCAUGGGAAGAAUGGUGCUGAUGCUGAGGAUGCGGGUGAUAAGGAUGCUCGUUCUGGUGCUGAUGCUGAGGAUGCUGGUGCUGGUCCUGAUGCUGAGGAUGCGGUUGCUAAGGAUGCUGGUGCUGGUGCAGAUGUUAAGGAUGCUCGUUCUGGUCCUGAUGCUGAGGAUGCAGAUGCUGCAGGUGUAACGUCUCGAGUGCUGCUCUGCUUGACUGCUCUAUCGGAUCACCUGUUCUUCACCCCAGAGCAGACAGUGUUGAUGAAGCACCAGCAGGGUGUCGGGUUGCAGCCCGAUCCGUGGCAGUGCCGAACGUUCUUCAGGGUGGUCCAGGCUGGACUGAGGCACCGGGACGGCGUGUCCCGCAGGAGGGCCCUGUUCCUGCUGAAGAGAUGCGUCUCCAUGUGUGAGGAGCUGAAGGUGGAGGUUGGAGUAGGAGAUCCAGAAAGCCUGUUCAGAUGGACUCCAGAUCAGAGUUUAGAGCUUCGGGGGUUCUGGGAGGAUUACGCUCUUGUUUUGGAGACUCUUGAAGAGAAUCAGAUCCAUGUGGUUCGACCUGUCCUCAACCGGAUCAACAGGCUGGUGGAGACGGCUGCAGCUAACACUGAAGGCAGGGUUCUGGUGGACACAUCCUGGUUGAUGUGUGUGUAUCAGAGGAUGUUCCACAGUGAGAAUAAAGCCGUGAUGAAGGAAGGAGUUAAUCACCUGCUGGAGCUGAAGAUACUGCAGCGUCCUGACGUCGCCUCGGCUUUCUCACAGUUUGUAGUAGGUCCCUUCAUGGAGGUGCUGGCAGAGAGCCCACUCUACCACAGAUCACCUGGACAGGUGGUGGGGGAGUGUCCGGAGAUAGCAGUGAAGCUGCAGAAGUUCAUGGUGAUGUUCUUCAGCAGUUUACCUGAAAAGGAACGAGGCUUUGUGAUGUUGAAGCUGCUGCAGCGUUUGGGUUCUCAGCACUGGUGUUCUGUCCCGCUGCUGUUUCUGUCUCAGGCUCUGUCCCAUUUACCCCCCGCCCCUCUACUGAGAGCAGAUGGCCUGAACGCACUCAGAGAUGUUCUGCGCUGCACUAUGAUCACUCACCAGGUUCUGCUGAGAGGAGCUACUCAGUGUUUCCUGCUGCACACUGCACUCUGCCUCAUACACGUGUCUGCAGUGUCUCUGGACGAGGUGUUGGGGUUUCUGGCGAACUUCAGAGCCGAGGAGUCUCUGAGUCGAGGCACAGCGCUGUGGAGAGAGCUCUGUGAUUGGCUGCUGGCUAACGAGGGCAGAUUUCGGCCCAGUGAUGAUUCUGACGGCGCUGUUCCAGAGACGAUCACCGCACACUGCUCCAGACGCCUAAAGACCUUCCUCACUGUACCAGCCAGCUCCGAUCAGACGGACGCUGUUCCGGACCCGGGCGAGGCCGAGGCUCUGGCCCGUUCUCUCCUCCUCUCGGUGGAUCUGGAGAGGAUCAGGAGACCAGGGCAGAACCCAGAGGAGAACGGACUGGAGCGGCUCUUCUGCCCCCUGCUGGACGUCCUGCGCCGGAUUAGCACCAGCGUAUAUUUACCGCUGCGCAAAACCGACAACAGCCUGCAGCUCCUCCUGCGCCUCCUGCAGCUCCUCAACACACACCCAGAGACUGGAGCGAUGAACGAUUAUGAUAAGGUGGCGGAGGCCGUGAGGAAUCUGUUACUGGGAGUGGUGGAACCAGUUCAGGAGUUUAUACUGAGGAGGCUGAGUGGAGAACUACAGGAGCUGUGUGAUGUGGACCGGGCGGCUCUGUACCUCUCCGUGGUUCUGGAACUGGUUCAGACCUACAGCUCGGUUCCCGGCUUCAUCUCCAACCUACAGAACAACUACGUCCCCAAACUCACCACUAACUGCACCAGGAUCCUCACCACACCUUCUGACCAGACUCCGUCUGUAGCUGGGCAGGUACAGAAAGCGGUUAGCAUGGCUACGUUAGCCGCGCUGUGUGAGCUCGCUCAGCGCGGUGUGUUCGAACCCGAGUCCGACGCCACAACGUCACUCAGAUCCCUCACCAGCUUCUUCUGCCCACCUUCAUCCUCCUCCUCCUCCUCAUCAUCAUCAUCCUCCUCCUCAUCCUCAGUGCAGAGCUUUAACCGGCCCCUGCUGAAGCCCUCUACAGCAGAUCCCUCCGCCAGGGGUCCGGAUGAGAGUCCGGUGCUGAGGGACUGGGGUCGAGUGGCGGCUGGGUUUAUCCGGGAUCAGUGGGCGUGUCUGCUGUACCUGCGGGCUGAAGCCGGGGGCAGUUUCCGGGCGGCGGUGGAGGCGGUCGCUCUGCUGCCCAGUGACCUGGUUCUGCCCGUACUGGACUUCCUGUCCUCCACCUUCCCUCAGGUGGCGCUGUGUGAGGAGGUGGAGGAGGAGGUGUGUGUGGAGGCGGUGUGUGUGUGCUGGAAGCUGGUUCAGGCUUUAAGCUCUAACGCUCAUGAUUUCUGGCCGGCUCUGCAGGCUUUCAUCCGCCUGGCCUUUAAUCACACCGCCCUUCAAAUGACCCCCACCCAGAACCCCCACCUGACCACCUGCACCUCACAGAUAACUCGUGAGUUGAUGGAGUUGUCGGAGGCGAAGUCGGGAGUGUUUAAUGUUCUGAUUCAGCACUGCUGUGAGACCUGGCUGCCCUCCGACCCGAAGAACCGCACUGACUCCGCCUUUCAGAGCGCCUUUAACCACCUGGAUCUGCUGACCGAGGCCUGUGUAUACGGACCCGUCUUCAGACGAGAUCAGAGGCUGAUUCAGGAGGUUCAGACCUAUGUGGAGCAGCUUGGAGAGCAAUGUGUCGCUAAUGCUGUGAUCAGCAGUGAGAACAGGGAUGAUCAGUUCCCCCGGCUCUGUGUUCUGGCGUUCCUGAGUCACCUGGACCCGUCUAACAGUCUGCACCAGAAACUGAUGGAGGAGCUGGUCCAGCACUUACUGAAAAAGGAUGCGGCGAUAACUAAGUCAAAAGUGCGUUACUAUAGCAACUCCAUGCAUCACCGAGUAAAAAACAGAGUGUGGCAAACGCUACUGCUGCUCCUGCCAAAACUCACACCAGAGUUCGUGGUUCAGUCUGUACUGGUUCCAGUCUGUGAGGCGGGUUUCUCCAGUAACCAGGCGUCCGUUAAAUACCUGAUCGAGUGGGUUCUGAUCCUGAUCCUCCACCAGAACCCCGCCCACAUCCAGCAGCUGUGGGACUGUUUCAGUACGGAUCAGGAGCAGGAGAAGACCAAGACCAGCAUCUGCACCUUCCUGUCUGUCCUGGUGCACCUGCACGUCCUGCUGCCUCACCUGGAGGAUAAGGUGGCGCAGUGGCAGCGGGCGGUGGAGGUGGCGCUGCUGUGGUGCUUCAGUCAUAACUUCAGUGUGCGGCUGUACGCUCUGCUGGCACUGAAGCGGGUGUGGCAGAUGGAGGGGGCGCUGGCGGGUGGGCCGGCAGCUCUGGGGGGUCUGGGUACCGUGGUCCAGGCGUGUCUGCGGCAGGCCGAGACCAUGCAGAACUCCGGCAACGCCAUGAAGAACUGGACCAAAAUUCAGGAGCACUUCUUCUUCAGUGUCUUCCACCCUCUUAAUGAUUAUAGUUUAGAGACGAUCCUGCACACAUUCCCCAGUCUGUCGGAGCUGGCUGAUGAUGAGUGGGUUCCGGUGUGGAAGCUGGAGAAGCUGGUGAACUUCCACUCCUCUGUUCCGGUGAGGAACGCUGGCCGGGAGCUGAGCGAGCUGCAGCCUGGAGACUGGAUCCAGCAGGACAGAGGUGAGCUGGAGCAGGAGGAGCGCUGGGCUGAUGUACAGAAGAAGAUCGCCCCCUGGAGGCUGAGUGUGCAGGAGCAGGAGCCUCAGCUCAUGGCCCAGCAGAGGGCGGUGCGCCUGGGCAAACUCACCAACGCCCUGGUGGUGGUGGCAUCCCUCAUCGACAAGCCCACUAACCUGGGAGGUCUGUGUAGGACGUGUGAGAUAUUCGGGGCGAGUGCUCUGGUUCUGGACAGUUUGCGUCACGUAUCCGACAAACAGUUUCAGGCCCUCAGUGUAUCUUCUGAACUCUGGCUUCCACUGCUGGAGGUGAAGCCCUCUGAGCUGACGGACUUCCUGCAGCUGAAGAAGAGAGAAGGUUACUGUAUAGUGGGAGUGGAACAGACGGCCAACAGCCAGAGUCUACAGGACUACAGCUUUCCAGAGAAGACCCUCCUGCUGCUGGGGAACGAGCGAGAGGGUAUAGAUGUUAAUCUGCUGCAGCUGCUGGAUGUGUGUGUGGAGAUUCCUCAGCAGGGAGUAACUCGCUCUCUGAACGUUCACGUCAGCGCCGCCCUGCUGGUGUGGGAGUAUACCAGACAGCACCUGGGUUGUGCUCAGGAACCGUAACUGCAGAACUGGAUCAGAUACAGGAAAAGACUCAGAGGAGACUGUGGGAGAAUUCAAACCCACUUGUGGAAUUUAUCUGCAUCAUCGAGGACCUGCAGCUGAUCCCCAGAGAUGCUCUUACCUGUAACACCUGUAACACCUGUAUCUGUAGACUGCCUGUGUUCUUUAAGUGAUGCCAAAGAAGAACCAAUAAUUACAUUUAUGAAACAAUUUUAUGUUUUACUAUGUUUCAUAAAAUAUCCAUAUUUGACGUAAAUUCACGCCAACCAGUUCAAAGGUUCUUUAUGGUUAUUUAUACAACAAAAACAUGGAUCAUCUUUGGCAGUGCUAAUAUAACUUCUAUUAUCUUCAGUUCCAGGACUGUUUCUGAGGUCAAUAAUCUGAGUAUUUACACUUCUAAAUCUGAUCUCUUUAGAUCAGACUAUCCAGGGUCCAGACCUGUUUUGUAUAGAUCAGUUUAGGUGUUUUAUAUUGAUUUUAAAGUGAAAUAAACUCUUAAUUUAAGAUGGCAUUAUAUAAGUGACUGGACUCUCUGCAGAUGUAUUGUUUAAGUAAGCAAAGACUAUUCAGACUAUUAAACCUCAAUCUGGAUACAAUCUAGAUAUGCCAAAAAUCCAAUUUGAGGUGGUUUCUGGCUGUUUAGACUAUCAAACCUCAAUCUGGAUACAAUCUAGAUAUGCCAAAAAUCUGAUUUGAUGUUUGGUGGUCUGAACAGAAAGACACCACAUCAACCUGGAUACGAUCUAGAUGUGCCAGAAAUCUGAUUUAAUGUGGUUUCGUACUGUUCAGACUGUUAAACCUCAAUCUGGAUACAAUCUAGGUAUGCCAACAAUCUGAUUAGAUGUGGUUUUUGACUGUUUAGACUGCCAAACCUCAGUCUAGAUACAAUCUUGAUAUGCUAAAAAUCCAAUUUGAUGUUCGAUAGUCUGAACAGAAAGACACCACAUCAAUCUGGACAUGAUCUAGAUAUGCCAAAAAUCCAAUUUGAUGUUUGAUAUUCUGAACAGAAAAACUCCACAUUUAUCUACAUAUGAUUUAGAUAUGCUUAAAAUCGGUUUUGAUGUGGCGUCUGACUGUUCAGACUAUCAAACCUCAAUCUGGAUACAAUCUAGAUACACCUGUUUAGAUCAGAGUCCUGUACUCUAAUGGAUGUGUUUGGACAUGGCUGUAUAUUGAUUGGUUAUAUUGAUUUUAGAUUGAAAUAAACUCUUAAUUAAAGGCA